CAAAAUUUCAAGAUGGCGGAAAGAACUUUCUGUGAUAUUAUGGACUAAAUUCGUCUUUCAACAUGAGUUAUCUACUUACAGGACUUAAGCAAAAGAAGGACGUGGAUAAUGCUAUCAAAAACACCGAAGAUAAAGUUCUUGUGUUACGUUUUGGCAGGGAAAAAGAUUUGGUGUGCAUGCAACUUGAUGACAUACUUGCCAAAUCAUCUCAAGAGUUGUCUCGCAUGGCAGAUAUCUACAAAGUAGAAGUGGAUGAUGUUCCAGUCUACACGAAGUACUUUGACAUAACCUUAAUUCCUGCAACAAUUUUUUUCUUCAACGGACAGCAUAUCAAAGUAGAUUAUGGCACUCCAGAUCACACAAAGUUCAUAGGAAGCUUUAAAACAAAGCAAGAUUUUAUCGAUGUAGUUGAGGUUGUGUUGCGUGGAGCAACRAGGGGAAAACUUAUUGUAACUUCGCCUCUUGAUCCCAGAAAUGUUCCAAAAUAUAAUCUUCUGUACAAAGAUAUUUAGAUAACAAAGUUUGUAAUUAUUAGUCUGUAAAUAUGAARUAUUAAAGUGAUAUUAUCAUCA